AUGAUGCAAUUUAUGCUGCUGUUUAGCCGACAAGGCAAAUUACGAUUGCAGAAAUGGUAUGUGGCCCAUCCAGACAAGCUAAAGAAGAAAAUAACUAGAGAGCUAAUUACAACAGUGCUUGCCCGUAAACCUAAAAUGUGCUCAUUCCUGGAGUGGAAAGAUGUUAAAGUUGUUUAUAAGAGAUAUGCAUCACUUUACUUCUGCUGUGCAAUGGAGCAAGAAGACAAUGAACUCCUAACACUGGAACUUAUUCACAGAUAUGUGGAGCUACUUGAUAAAUAUUUUGGUAGUGUAUGCGAACUGGAUAUUAUUUUCAACUUUGAAAAAGCAUACUUCAUCUUGGAUGAGCUAGUUCUUGGCGGUGAGCUGCAAGAGACUAGUAAGAAGAAUGUACUGAAGGCGAUUGCGGCACAGGACCUACUCCAAGAGGAGGAGACACCGCAGGGCUUCUUCGAGGACCACGGCCUCGGCUAA